GGUCAGCUGGACUACGGAAAGCGACUGGCGGAGGCCGGCAAUAAAAAACUCUGGGUUCUGGGUGCAAAAACCCAGGGUUAGGAGCCUCAGGCAUGCUGCGUCCCAAGGCUUUGACCCAGGUGCUAAGCCAGGCCAACACUGGAGGUGUUCAGAGCACCCUGCUGCUGAAUAACGAAGGAUCUCUGUUGGCCUACUCCGGCUAUGGGGAUACAGACGCCCGGGUCACCGCGGCCAUCGCCAGUAACAUCUGGGCGGCCUACGACCGGAACGGAAACCAAGCGUUUAAUGAAGACAAUCUCAAAUUCAUCCUCAUGGACUGCAUGGAGGGCCGUGUAGCCAUCACGAGAGUGGCCAACCUUCUACUGUGCAUGUAUGCCAAGGAGACCGUUGGCUUCGGAAUGCUCAAGGCCAAGGCCCAGGCCUUGGUGCAGUAUUUGGAGGAGCCUCUCACCCAAGUAGCAGCAUCAUAAUGGGCGUCGGUGGAGCCUGGGAUUCAGAAGAGUGAGAUGACCAUGUGGUGGGGCACGGCUCCCCGGGGAAACCUUCCUGGACUGUCACAGGGGGUUGGAGUGGGGGGACUUUGUUCUUCCCACGAAUAAACGUCAACUGCUGUCGCA